AUGCAAAAGAGUGUUCAAGAUAGGUGUGUUGAACUAUGCUUCGGGUUUUUUCAAAGAAUUGGGGUGAGUUGUUUUUUUUUGAUACGAAGACAUUUUUUUAAAUCACCAUUUUUUGUAGUAUCAUAAAACCGCGAAUUGUAUGUUAGAAGAAUCAGAAUCGCUAUCAAAAUCCGAGCGAAAAAUAGUUCGGGUGACAAAUGACGGGAAAAAUGAGUAUAUACUGAGUAUACAUGAUCGGGUUCAUGAGAAAACACUCGAAGAAAUUGUUGAACUUUUCAUUCAAGAUGGAAGAUUUGAUGUGAGUCCAGAAAUGUUGCAAUUUGGUGAGGAAUUGAGACAAAUGGCGAUGAGAUUUACGACGAUGACUUCUCAUACAAAUAGUAGUAAAAGGUGGGGUUUGGUGAACGAUUUUGGUUGAAAAUUUGUAAAGUUCAUUUUUGGUACCGGAAAUUCAAAAUUAGAAAGCAUUCAGUUUCGGCGCAACAAUUGAAAAUUGAAAUUUUCAGGUUUCAGCGCCAAAUCGUGAAAAUUUUAAAUUUCAAAGAAAUGUUUUUGAAGGUAAUGAUAAAUAUUCUAACAAAUACAUCAAGAAAAGCAUUAAAAAAUUUAAAUCAUCUAGAAUUCUGUUCUAACAUAAGAUUUUUUAUGGCCCCUCUAAAAUCUCAGAAUGAAAUCCAGAAUGUGGAGCCCUAAACCGUUUUUGGUCACAUAUUCUUCCCCAAAACUCAAUUUCCCCAUUUUGCAGCAGCAUCCAACAACGUCUCUACGGUCGGCCAACUCAUUCUCGAAGUCAUCAACCAUCAAUAUUCGUUCCCACAUCUCCAUAUAAUUUGGCAAAUCGAACAAACUCGAAUUUCGCCGCUUAUACCAUUCAACAAUCUCCGCACGCAAGAACCCAAUUAGAUAAUCAAAUGAUAGUUCAACAAGCUGAAAUGAGAUAUCGACAACAAUUAUAUCAACAACAAGUUGUUGCUCAACAACUACAGCAGAAAAUGAGUGGACAGGGGGGACAAGGAGAUGCAACACCAGUAGCAGCAGCAACAACAUCUGCAGCCAUUGCUCAGACUAGUGAAGAAUCAGUUUGUAGUGGAGGAUCAGCGAGACGGAAAACACAUCAACCGCAAAGUUUGAAUACAAUGGCGAAAGAGCAUUUGAUUGAUCCGUUGGUUGGAAUUAUUAAUGAGAAACCUUGGGAAAGUAUGUCCGAUGUGAGUUUAUUUUUAUUAGGGGGACUUCAACAUUUUCCGAUUAUUUCGGAAGAUAGCCUGAAUUUUUAAAUAUCUCAUCAAAAGUUGGAAAAAAAUCAAGAAAAAUUUUCUAAAUCUAAAACCUUUUUUAUUAUUGUUUGAAAAUUGAUAAGUUUCUAGAUUAGAAAUAAAUUAAUUAAUUUCAUAAGCUUUGGAACCUGAAAAAAUAUUCGGUUUUACGAUAAUUUCUGAUUUUCUUGAAGUUUUAAUCGUAAAUAUUAGCUUUUAAUAUUGUUUAUCCAAAAAGUACCUUCUUCUGAAUUUUCAACAUUUUUUUCCCAACAAUAUCUUAUUUUUCCAGAUCGCUUUGGAUGAUUCUGCCAUUUUUCAAAGUCUUGAUUGUAUAGGAAAAGAUGUGAGUUCAUUUUUCCCAUGAUUUCUUCCCCCUCAAAACAACCAAGAUUUUUGAAUUUUUCCAGUUUUUGGCCACUUUUGACUACCAACACAGUGGUUUCCCGCAAGAUUUUGGAAUGGAAGAAGAGCCCUUCGAAAAUGGCAAUUUGAUUCCGCCGAUCGACAAUGAAGUUGUGAUUGAAAAUGAAGAGCAAAUGGAACAGGAAGCAGAGGUUGUGUUAGGAUCUGAGCAUAAUUUGAAUAUUGAACAAGCUCCGCCGAUUUUGAGCCCGGUUGAAAUGGAAAAAGUUGUGACGCCAGUUGAAAAGAAAAAGCAGCAGAGUUCGAAAUAUGAAAGAGAAUCGACGCCGAUGAGACACAAAGAAUCGAAUUCGAAUUCAUCUUUGACUUCAUCUUCAUCUUCAAAACGAGAAAAAGAGAGAAGUGAUGAUCGGAGGAAAUCAAGGAAUUAUGAAGAAUCUAGAAGAUCACAUUCACCACAAUCGAGAAAUCGAAAAGAUGAAAGAAAUCGAGGAGAAAAUAAUGGAGGAGGAUCGAAAGAGAGAAAAGAUUUGAAGAGAAAAGAACAAUUGAGAGAUGAGAGGAAAACAUCAACUGGAAAUACGAAUUCGAGUUAUCAACCUAAAAAGAGACCUUAUGUAAGAAGGGUUUUUGAGGAGGGUUUGGAAUGAAGUUGAGAUCAGAGUGAUUCAUUUUUAAAUUUAUUUUUAUAUAUUCCAAUUCAUACUUCUCUCAAUCCGAAUACAAUUUGAUGAAUCUUUCAAUGAUACAUUUAAAAUUUACGUUUUUCAAAAGAGUCUGAAAUUAUUUUUCAAAAAAAAAAAGUUUAUUUCAUCGGCCUCCUCUAUAUCCAUUCUCCAUUAUUCCAGCCAUCCGAAGAGCGUCCAUCAUCUCGCCACGAACCUUUCUUUUCCACAUCAUCAUCUUCGUCAUCGAAUUUGCCAAGCAGAAAACAAUCCAACGAAAAACCGUCAACCACUUCGAAAAAGAGCAACACAGAUGGACCAAUUCAUGAGCCAAAACGAGUUGCUCCAACUCCAACUCCUCCUCCUUCUCUUCCACAAGCUGUUCCUGAAAAGUUGACGAAAAAUAAAAUGACGUCGAAUUUGUUGAACAAGUUGAGAACUUCUAAGGUAUGAUUUUGGAUUUUUCAAAAACUGUAUUUUAUUUAUGAGCAAAAAAUCGAAGUUUUUUAAUCUGAAAGUAUUUUGUUCAACACCCUCAAAAUAUUUCCAGUCUUCUACACCUCCUCCAACAACAGCUCCUGUCAAAGAUAUUUUCGGAGAUAUUGAUCGAGAAAUGACGAAAUUCGAAAAGAAAACACCCGACGAGCUGCAAGCAAAAAGCAGUUGGAAAAUCCCGAAAAAAUCGCAAGUUAUCGCGAAUUCUCCGAAAGCCACGACUCCACAACCAACUUCGAGUAAUUCUGGAAAUUCAAAUGAGAAGAAGCCAUCUUCAGCAUCUUCAAAAUCAUUGGAAAUCUCCUCGAAAAAUUCGAAACAGAAAGAAAAGGAGCAAGAAAAGCCGAAAAAUUUCGACGAGAUUCCAAUUUGUGAAGGAGACGGUGCACCGAUCAGACACGAUGAUUUUAUAACGUGCAAAAUGAACACAAUUCGAUUGGCCUCGGUUUUGGUGAAUGUGGAUGAGAGAUUUAAGGAAAAACGCAGAAAAAUGGCUGAAAUUGAAGCAGAAAAGGAAAAAGAAAAAGAAAAAGUGAACACACAGCCGAAAACUGUUGGAUUUGCACCACAAAAAGGAGAUUUGUUUGCGAAACAGAUGUUGGAGAAUAGUAGGGUAAGCGGGGUUUUGCGGAAAAAAAUUCAAAUUUUAUUUUUCAACAAAAAUUUAUAAACUUCUGAUUAAGACCGUAAAAAAUAAUCUGAUUCCAAUGCAAUUUCUAAUUUCAAAAUAAUAUUUUUUUCAAUGUUUCAAAGAAUUCAAAAAGUUUCAAAAUGAUUUCUAUUUUUAGUAACAGAGAGUUAGAUGAAUUUUUUGUUAUAGAAAAUCCCAAAAAAUAAUAAUUUUACAACCAAAAUUUCCCAAAUUUCCAGGCUGUUUUAUGUUCUGAUGAAGAAGAUGAAGAUGAAGACGAUGAAGAUGGAAAAUGA